AGCGUCGAUCAAGCAGGGCUUGGAUGCGGAUUCUCGGACCGGCCGACGGUGGUGUCGCCGCGGUCCAGUUCAGAACACGCUCCUCACGAGAUCCAGCGAGAGCGAUAUAAAUUCGUCCCUAUGUCUUCUCCACCGUCUCCGCCAGGCCCCAGUCUCCAUUCCACGCACACCAUUCACCAACAUGUCCCCCGUCGCACUCCCCACCCAGCACGCAGUCGUCCUCCAUGGUGCGAAGGACCUUCGCUAUGAGGAGCGCACCCUCUGGCCCCCACAGCAAGGCCAAGCUCAGGUCGCCGUACUCGCCACAGGACUCUGCGGCAGCGACUUGCACUACUACAUGCACGGCCGGAACGGCGACUUUGUCGUUCAACAACCACUCGUCCUCGGCCAUGAAGCUGCAGGCAUUGUCACCGCAGUGGGACCCGGCGUCAGGCACCUCGUCCCCGGCCAACGUGUCGCGAUUGAGGCCGGCAUCAUGUGCAACAACUGCAGCUUCUGUGCAAAGGGGCGCUACAACCUCUGCAAGAACAUGCGCUUCUGCAGCAGCGCAAAGACUUUUCCGCAUUCGGACGGCACCCUCCAAGAUCGCAUGAACCACCCAGCACACGUCCUCCACCCGCUCCCAGACAACUGCACUUUCGAGCAGGCCGCCCUCGCCGAGCCGCUCUCCGUCCUCCUGCACGCGUCGCGGCGCGCAGGGCUCACGCCCGAGGUGCCCUCGUCCGUGCUCGUGUUCGGCGUCGGCGCUAUCGGCCUCCUCGCGUGUGCGCUCGCGCGCUCUUACGGCGCAUCGCGCGUCGUCGCAAUCGACAUCAAUCAGGCAAGACUUAACUUUGCGCGCGAGCAGGGCUUCGCACAGCAGGUGUACUGCCUGCCCAUGGUCGACAAGGCCAAGACGACCGACGAGCAGCUCCGCCGCGCAAAGGAGACUAUCAGCGCCGCGCUCAGCGCAUUCAACAUGCCGGACGGCUUCGAUGUCGUCUUUGAGUGCACCGGCGCGGAACCAUGCAUCCAGAUGUCCAUCCACGCGGCGGUGACUGGCGGCAAGGUGAUGCUUGUCGGGAUGGGUUCGCGCAAUGUGACCCUCCCGCUGUCGGCAGCGGCAACGCGGGAAGUCGAUAUUCUCGGCUCGUUCCGAUAUGCGAACACGUACCCGACGGCUCUUGCGCUUCUUGCGUCGGGGAAGCUCCCGAACAUCGAGCGCAUUAUCUCGCACCGCUUCCCGCUCGAAGAGGCUGCACGGGCAUUUGAUCUCAUGGCCAAGGGUCGCGAUGAGAAUGGACGCAUGGUCAUGAAGGUCGUUGUCGGCCCGCAAUGUUGAUAGAACGGUGGUACAUGAUUUCGAACGCGAUGACAGGACGAUGGCUCGUUCACUGUUAUCGCUCAUUACGUUCCUUAACGACCGGCGAUGACGAUAGAAAAUGACCCUCUGCGCGUGCGGCCCCCCUCACCCCUUCGCCCACCAUCUUCAUCCCCUACAUCCGUACCGCUUAUACCAUAAUGCGUACCUACUCGUCUCCCCAUUCGGCCGCAUCCCGCGAGAGGGCUUACUCACUUGUAUCUGUACGUACACUGACCACAUGCUCCUUGGGUUACAUGCAUCGUCCUCUCUACUGCAUCCUAUCUGUCCGCAUCU